UGAUUUUUAGUAAGCUUGGCUGUAUUUUUUUUUUCCUUUCACCAUAAAAUCUGGGAAAUAUGUAGUUCUUGGACAGCUAAUUAAUAUUGUCCGUAAAAUACUUGCACUUAAUCCAAUGCACCAUUAAUAAUGGGCUUGGAUUUAAUCUAGCUGUGAAUCAUCUAAUAUAUUUAAGGUUUUAUUUUUCAUAUACGACAAGAGGCUUUCUUUCUUUCUUUUGUUUUUCCCUGGAACUUUACCGGCGGCUUUAUUUGUUUAUAUGUGUAUGGAUUUUGCAGAUAGAGAUUCUGCAACAACCUUUUUAUUUUUGUUAGUUUCUUUUUUGAAGCCACCAUUAAUUCAACUAUUAAGUUCAACACCAGCAAAGCCAUUGCCUAACAAUGUCACACAGCAGCUCACAAGUCAUAACAUGCAAAGCAAUAGUAUGUUGGGGAAAAGAGGAGCCACUGAAGGUGGAAGAGAUACAAGUAGAACCACCAAAAUCAUCUGAAGUUCGAGUUAAAAUACUAUGUGCCAGUCUUUGUCACACUGACAUAUUGUCCACCAGAGGAUUCCCAAUGCCUCUUUUCCCUCGAGUCAUGGGGCAUGAAGGAGUCGGGAUGGUGGAGAGCAUUGGUGAGGAAGUCGAUGGACUAAAACAAGGAGAUAUUGUGAUCCCAACCUAUGUUGCAGAGUGUCAAACAUGUGAGAGUUGCACAUCCGGGAAGACUAAUUUAUGCCUAAAAUACCCGUUAGCCUUGGACUGCCUGAUGCUUGAUGGCACUUCAAGAAUGUCCAUCAAAGGCCAAAGUUUGUACCACACAUUUUCCUGUGCAACUUGGUCUGAAUAUAUGGUUAUAAAUGCCAACUAUGUUGUCAAGGUUGAUCCAAGCAUAGCUCUUUCGCAUGCUAGCUUCCUUUCAUGUGGAUAUUCAACUGGAUUUGGGGCAGCUUGGAAAGAGGCUAAGAUUGAGGAGGGCUCAACCGUAGCUGUUUUCGGUCUUGGAACUGUUGGAUUAGGGGUCGUUGAGGGAGCUAGAAUUCAAGGUGCAACUAAAAUAAUUGGUAUAGACAAGAAUACUAGAAAAAAUGAAAAGGGAAAAGUUUUUGGAAUGACAGAUUUUAUAAACCCUGAUGAUUCCGAUAAGCCUAUCUGCGAAUCAGUUCGAGACCUAACUGAUGGAAAGGGCGUGGAUUAUAGCUUUGAGUGCACUGGGGUUGCACCCUUGCUCAAUGAAGCCAUUGAAUCCACAAAAGUGGGAAUAGGAAAAACCAUCCUGAUUGGCGCAGGAGAUCAUCUAAGCCUGCAGAUAAAUUUCCUACCCCUUCUUUGUGGCAGAACUUUAAAGGGGUGUAUUUUUGGAGGCCUAAAAACCAUAUCUGACGUUCCCAUUCUACUCGAAAAAUGCAGAAAUGAGGAAAUCCAUCUUGAUGAACUCUUGACCCAUGAAGUUCAGCUAGAAGAUAUAAACAAAGCAUUUCAGCUGUUGAAGCAACCAGAUUGUGUCAAGGUUCUGGUCAAGAUUUGAUUGAUACAAGUAACAACUUAAGCGUGUCUUUGUCUUCUAUUUUUCCUUAAGCCUUUAGUUCUAUAAUAGUUCGCCCUGUUUAAGGCGCUCUUUAAGUUUUUUCUGAUAGGCAAAGGACUUGCAGCUUAAACAUUUCCUUUCUCCUUUAAGUCAUCAACAAGUUUCUAAUUACAUAUGAAGGAACCCUCUAUACUUCUCUACAAUAUAUACUUUCAAUAAUCACAUGACAUAUAUAUAAUUUUAAUUCUAGUUUUA